CCUUAGGUUGGUCCUACUGCGUCCAUCUGUUUCUCAAAUUCAAUCUGUCAAAUUUAUUUUACUGUUUUUCUUUGCAUCCAAAAGAUAAAUUCGUUUUCCCGUCAAAAAAUACGAAUAAAAGUUGAGUGAAUUGUACGUAAUCAUUUAUAAUGUUAUAGACUUUGUGUUGUGUAUCAUAUUUAUCAAAGAAGAUAACUUUUCUAUCCACAUAACUAAUUUAUAUCCAAAACAAUGGCGAAUGAUAAUAAAGAGGAAGAAGUGAAAGAACUGAAAGUGCAAAACAAUGAAUUGGUACAGAAAGUGCAGUUUUGGAAGAUGAAAGCCGCUCAACAGGAGAACGAUAAACUUGAACUGAUGAAAGAAAACAAUGAGCUCAGGCUGAAACUUAGCAGAAUGCGCAGCGGUGGCGCAGCGCAGGCCCGCGCGCUGGACGCGGCGCUGCAGUCCGCCAGCGAGGAGGCGCUGUCCCACCUUGUGCAGGCGUCCAGCGCUGUCGCCCGCACUAUGGAACUUGCCAAGACUUACAUGAAGAACCGACAAGACCUGGAGCUUGUGUCGUCACGGUGGAGCACCCUCAGCAACACCCCUGUGAAGGAUAAAGUGGAUAAGGUGCAUAAAGUACCUCCAACAAUGAUGGGAGGUCGCACCACACAGCCAUUUGUGUCUUUAAAUAGAGUACCGUUAAGCAAUAACUCAACGCCAGCCUCCAGGAGCCCGAAUCAGAACCAAAAUGUGACAGAGAGGGUGCUGCCCAUGCCCAUGCACAUACUACAAGAUGUCUACAUUCCCCUGAGACGGAUAGACACUUCGGAAUUGAACAACUAUGAUGGAACUAAUGACAAUGCAGAGGAGAAUGAAAUAGAUGAAUUAUUAGUGGAAGAAAAUGCUGAAUUGAAUGAUGAAUCUCAAAAUAUGGAUGAAGAUGACUUUGAAAUGAGUCGACAACUAGAGGUACUGCACGAGGACACAGAGGAGAUUGAAGAGGAGAGUGAACCAACGCUGGUAAACAGAAGUGAGAAUCCGUUGGAGGGCCCGAGCUGGCUUCUCGACAACGUGUCCACGCCGCGACCGUCGCCAGUUCUCAUGAAGAGUCGAGGCAGCCGCACCCGAGUCACUUUGGAAGCAGAUUCUACAACAGAACCCGACGAGUCAGUCACCUACACUCCCCCCGCCGCCCGCGCCGCCCCCCCGCCCCGCGCUACGCCCCCGCCCCCGCGCGCCGCCACCCCGCCGCCGGCCGAGCCGCCCUCGCCGCCACAGCUGGAGAACAUCCCGCCUCCCCAGCUCGAGUGUCGCGCGUUCACUCCCACAGUGCGCCGCCGCAAGCGCACCUCGUCGCCGCCGCGGUCGCCGGAGCCAGACCCCGAGCCCGGUAGUGCCAGUCAGACACUCAGCUCCUCACGCGAAAGCCAGCGCGUGCUCAAAGUCCUAGUCCCGAAGAUGUCCGUAUCCGGGGACGAGCGCGAGGAGUGUCCGUCGAAGCGGCGGGCGGAGGCGCCGAGCUACUGCGGCGCCACCGACGACGCCGUGCGAGUGCUAGAGCAGCGCGGUUCCUCCCCCCUCAUCCAAGAAGGGGAGUCGUCCAACCUUAGCUCCGGCAGCCGCGACAGCGACGGCGACGCGCCUCGAGCCCGCCGCAGCAGGAAGCAAGUCACGUAUAAGGAGAAACCACUUAAUAGGAAAUUGAGAAGAUGAUCGACCGGUGAUUUGGAAUAGUGUCAAAAAUACAUUUAUUUAUUAAGAACCUACAUAAACUAGGUCACAAGAUUUUAAUUUAUACAUAGGCAUCGUCAAAGUGAAUAUACACUUUAUAAAGUAUUAUUGUGGAAUGUUGUUUGUAUGUAAGAACUAAUGCGAUGAUGUUGAUCUAGAUUACUAACUUCACGACUGACCUUUUUAUCUAUCAUCAUACCUAUCCUAACACUCGCUUUAUUAACAAUUAGGUUCUUCAAUCUAAAAAAUUAGUGUAAUUCACUAAAGUAAUCCGAAUGCAUCAACAGUCUUGAUGGCUAUUCUCAGAAAUAAAGAAUCUAUUUACUGUCAUGACUCAUAGGACAAUAGUAGAAUUAUAAUGAUAAAAGCAUGCUAAAUCUGAGCUAAGGAUCAUAACUAAUUCUCUAAGAGAUCUUAGCCCAGCAGUGGCCAGCGCAAACUAUCCAAAUAAAUUUGUAGAUGACUAAACGAUCAAUACGUACCAUGUUUUUCGCGUCAUUAAUAAUACCCUGUGCCUUUACUUUUCUUGACUUCCUUAAUACUAUAGGGGCCAACAAAACAUUUUGUUUUUUGUAUAGCCAUUCUG